AUGGUCGCAGACACUACCUACUACGAUGCUUUGGGCGUGCCACCCACGGCCACAGAACUCGAGAUUAAGAAGGCCUAUCGGAAACUGGCCAUUGUGACCCAUCCUGAUAAGAACCCCGGCGAUGAGACUGCGCAUGUGAGAUUUCAGGCGAUUGGAGAAGCCUACCAAGUUCUCAGCAAUGAGGAGCUACGAAAGCGUUAUGAUAAAUACGGAAAGGAAGAUGCAGUUCCGGGCGGCGGUUUCGAGGACCCGGCCGAAUUCUUCAGCAUGAUCUUUGGUGGCAGCGCGUUUGUCGAUUUGAUUGGUGAAAUCUCGUUGAUGAAGGACCUGACCGCGACCAUGGACAUCACCAUGCAGGAAAUGGAGGAGGAAGAACUGGCGGAAGCCGCGGAGGAGAAACUCAAUAUCCAUGACGAGGAGGUCAAGGCCGCCGCGGCGACAGGGGAAGCCAGCCAUGCCGCUGGCACCGCAGCCCCAGCCCCAGCCCCAGCUCCAGCUCCAGCUCCAGCUCCAGCCGCAGAACCAUCAGAGAAGCCAGCGCCAACCUCCGGAACGAGUACACCCCGUCGCUACAUGGGACAACAGGCUAUCAUGGACAAGUCGGAAGAGGAGGCUCGGAUGGAUGCAGCCGGUCUGUCUCAGGAGGAGAAGGAACUGCGCAAGAAGGAGAAAAAGAAGGGUCUGUCUCGGGAACAGCAAGAGCGCCUGGCUGCUUACGAACUGGAGCGAAAGAAGGCUCGUGAGGAGCGGGUCAACACUCUGGCAACCAAGUUGGUCGACAAGCUGAGCGUGUGGACGGAAACCGACAAGGGCCCCGAUGUAACCCGUGCCUUUGAGGAGAAGAUUCGCCUUGAGGUGGAAAACCUGAAGAUGGAAUCGUUCGGUCUGGAGAUUCUGCAUGCCAUUGGUGCUACCUACACAUCAAAAGCUACCUCGUUCAUCAAGUCUCAAAAGUUCCUCGGCAUCUCCGGUUUCUUCUCUCGACUGAAGGACAAGGGCACUCUGGCCAAGGAGACCUGGACUACAAUCUCGACAGCUAUCGAUGCGCAGAUGACCAUGGAGGAGAUGGCCAAGCUGGAAGAGAAGGGCGGAGAGGACUGGACCGACGAGAAGAAGGCAGAGUACGAGAAGAAGGUCACCGGCAAGAUUCUGGCGGCCGCAUGGCGAGGCAGCAAGUUUGAAAUUCAGAGCGUGCUGCGCGACGUCUGUGAUCAAGUUCUGGGUGACAAGCGCAUCAAGUUGGAGAAGCGGCUUGAGCGCGCGCACGCCUUGGUUAUUGCCGGCAAUAUCUAUUCAAAGGCAGAGCGUGAUCCCGAAGAAGAAGGAGACUACAUGGCCUUUGAGCAGCUCAUGGCUGAAGCCAUGUCGAAGAAGGGCAAGGACGAGAAGAAAAAGAAGAAGGAAAAGUCGAAGCAUGAGCAUCACCACCACGAAGAAGAAACCACCGCAUAG